CACACAAUCACACCCUCUUGCGUUCCUAGAUAUUAGAAUGAUCGUUUUCUUCAAAUUAAAAAAGAAAAGAAAAAGCUUUAGAAGCUAAUAUUAGAGCUUAUCCUUCUUUUCGUGUGCUAAUUUCGUUUCCCAUUCUUCGCAUUUUCCUUUCCUUUCCUUCUACUCUUUGACCUUUUACAGGGAUUUCUUUGUUUGUUUGGGGGGAUAACGAGAACAAGCUCGAAGUUUGAGGAUUAAAAGAGUGUUGGCAUGUUGGGAAUCACCUGCUGCUCUUCUGGUUGAAAGUGGGUCUGUCAUCUGUGUUUGUGUCUGUCUUUUUGACUAGGGUCGUAUUGGUUCUUCUUGGAUCCAAUCUUUGAGCCUAUCUCGUUGGAUCUCGAAGAUGAAACUAAAGGUGUCCUACAUUAAUGUGCUUUAGUUCAUUGGAUCGGAGGAUGGAUCACACAUUUGUCAAUGCCUGCGAAGAUGGCUGGGGAAAGGAACGUUCAAUGCAUAUUUUGGGCAAUGACAGUGAAUUAUCCAGAGAAGAUGGUCUGGAUUUUUCUCAGUCAAAAUCAAAAAGGUUGGUGAAAAGGGUGAAUUCAGGCCAUGCUAUUAUUUUGAAGUUUAAGCAAUCACAAUUGUGCAGAAGUUGCAAUCGAGGUACUUUUGGCUUGGACAGUAGGAUUCCGAAGCAUUUGGUAAGUGUAGAUGAGAAAUAUCUUCGUCGUUGCCUGGAAUUGAUUAAUAUCAAUGCAUCAAAAGUGGCGCGAUGCAAUGCAUCUAAUCAGGCUAAAAUUAGAAGCAAAGAUGCAUAUGAUGCUCCCAGUUUCAUUUAUGAAUGUCCAUUGGAAUCUGGGAAUGGGGGUGUCGUCGUCAGCCCUGCAGGACGAUGGAUUGUGGGUACAAUCAUGGGAAGUAAGAGUAUGCAGAACAUAUUGAAGAGUCCAUUGUUUCACCAAUUCGGUUCCUUAGAUGGCAAUGCUAAUUUCAGAAGAUCAAACUUGAAUGACAUCAAAGGCUCUAUAUGCUAUGAUAUUAUGGACUCUCCCAGUGGUUUAACUAUAUCUUCACCACAGAAACCAAAAAAGAAAAUUCCACUGAUGGGAAGCCAUAACAAUGGAUCUGAUAGUGAGCACAAAAGGGGUUUUUCUAUGUCAAGCGCAAACUCUAUUGGUUCUGAUCAGUCUUCUUCUUCUCCUUCUCCUUCUCCUUCUGCCUUUGUUUCUCAGGGGAUGCUUCACUGUACAUGGAAGGGUGGGCUUCCUCAUUUUGUAUUUUCUACAGAUGAUCAGAGGGAGGUCUAUGUAGCAAACUUGUGGAAGGUUGGGUCGACAGAUGAUUAUAUAUACUCAUUCUAUUCAAUAAAGGAUGGCCAGAAGGACCAUGGAGUUUGUGAUAACUUGGUUGGUCAUAUGAAGGUAUCGGCUUCUCUCACCCAUUGUCUGGACAAUUCUAAAAUCAGGGAGAUUGAGUUCGUUUUGUAUGGUGGUGAUGAAAAUUGUGGCAUAGAGGCAAACACUUCAAGCCUUAAUCCGAGAAAGAACAAAGGGUUCCCAAGGAAAGUGGUGCAAGUGUUCAGAACGAGUCGCUCAUCCAAACAUAAAACAUUGUCCAAGUCUGGUGGAUCCAGUACCAUACCGGAAAAAUGUUCUUUGGAGUUAUGUGAUACAGGAAACAACCUUGAAACACUUGGUAUGGACAGUAAGUUUGAAAAUCAUUUUCUGCCAAAAUUUGAAUUGGCUGCCAUCGUUGUGAAAAACUAUGUCCAUGACAAUCAUCGAGAGGGAAUUGGAGGUUGGGGCUUGAAAUUUCUCAGGAAAUUCAGGUCCGGGAAAAAUGUUGAUUCACUGGAAGCUUCGGUACCUUGUGGAAGUAGCUCUCGAAAUACUGGCAUUUGCUCUACAACUAUGGACAUUCUCAUCCCAGCAGGUCUUCAUGGUGGUCCAGGAACCAAAAACUGUGGCCCUUCUAGCCUUCGUGAAAGAUGGAGAUCUGGUGGACACUGUGACUGUGGGGGCUGGGACAUUGGAUGUCCUUUGACAAUACUUGAAUCUAGAUUGAGCAAGGAUAGCAUUUUGCCCGAAGUUGAGACGCAGGAGGAGUGCAAGCCAUUUGAUUUAUUUAAACAGGGUUCACAGCAUCCCUCUCCCACCUUGAGGAUGGUAAAUGUUCAUGAUGGUUUGUAUUUCGUUCAUUUUCAACCAAUUCUAUCAGCUCUACAGUCUUUCUCGAUUGCAGUGGCAAUUAUCCACACGCGGAGUCCCAGUCUCCAACCCAAGUAUGUACAAGACUAGAAGUAGCAAGGUCCAGGUUUGGUGUUUUUAUGUAAUAGUUGUACCCUUUCUCUAUUACAGUAGUAAGUCAAUUUUAGUAUAUGUAAAUGAAUCGAGAUAUUUGUAACUUUCUCUUGAUUCAGAGUAUAUUCAUUCAUAUUGUAGGUUAGUUGGUACUGAAAUGGUUUACUUUAAAUUUUGAUUCGUAGACCAAAAACUCCUGUAAUCUGCUCCUUUAUAUGAAAUGUACAAGCUUUUAGUGUAA